GAAGCGGGAGCAGCACGCAGCCUUUCUUCUCCGGGUUACUUUUCCUCGACGGCGCUUUUUGCGCACUGCCGGGUGCCAAGGGCGGAAGCCAGCCGAGAGGGCCGUCGAGGGCCGUCGCCAGCUCCCAAGUCCUCGCCUCCUUCCGCGCUCCAGGCAGGGGGCGGCUCCCUGCCGGCCUCCUUAAGCGCCCGCCCCGCUCCGGCGCUCUAGUUCCCCAGGCGGUGCUCCGGUGCCCGUCCCGUCCGCGGCGCAUGGACUUCGACGGGCGGCUACUGCGGCAGGUGGGCGGCUUCGGGCGACGCGCCCGGCUCCUCGCUGCCGCCUCGUGGCUUCCCAACGUGCCGCUGGCCCUCGGCUUGGCCGCAGGGCUGCUGCUGGCCGCCACCCCGCAGCACCGCUGCCGCCCGGACCCGGCGCUAGUCCCCCCCGCGCUGCGCAACGCUAGCGGUGCCGAGCUGCGCAACGCCUCGGCCCCGCGCGGCAGCCCCUGCCUGCUCUACCGCUACCCGCCGCCUGGGGGCGGCCUCGCGCCCAACGGCACUGGCCCCUGCACCCGCGGGUGGGAGUACGCGCUGCCUGAGGCCGGCCUCCGCUCCACCCUCGUCACGCAGUGGGACUUGGUGUGUGGCAACCGCUGGCAGGUGCCCCUGGAACAAACCACCUAUCUCCUGGGGUGGCUUAUCGGUUACGUGGGCUUUGGAUCAACCUGUGACAGGUUUGGCCGCCGGGCCACGUACAUGUCCGCUUUGAUGCUCUCCAUGCCGCUGGGUGUUGCUGUGGCGCUGUCUGUGAAUUACGUUAUGCUUGUACUUACACGUCUGCUAUUUGGAGCACUGCUGGCCGGCACGUUCCUCUCCCUCUACGUUGCAAGGCUGGAAUUGUGCGACCCUCCCCACCGCCUGGCGGUCACCAUGGGGGCUGGUUUCUUCUGGGUGUCUGGGGAGCUGCUCUUGCCGGGGCUGGCUGUGGCGUGCAAGGAGUGGAGGCUUCUCCAGGGGGCAAUAGUGCUGGGCCUCGCUCUGCUAGCUGCCUGCUGGUGGUGCCCUGCCCUUUUUCCUGAGUCGGCCCGCUGGCUCUUGGCCACUCAGCAGCUGGAGGAAGGCAAGCGGGUUCUGCACAAUUUAGCCGAGGGCAACAGAGUCCGCCUGGAGGAAGACUUCUACACUCGGGAGCACUUGCUUACAGAGCUGGACACUCUUUCUGAAGGAGCGCCCGUCCCACAGUACCACAGUAUCUGCAAGAUCUUCCACACUCGAGUCAUCUGGAAGAAUAGCCUUAUCCUUGGUUUUACUGCAUUCAUCGGGAGUGGGAUCCGCCACUGCUUCACCCGCAACCUGACCCCUUACGCACCUCGCUUCUACUUCCCCUACUUCCUGCUGGCUGUGAGUGAGGCGGUCGCCCUGCUCUUCCUGUGCCUGACGGUGGAGCGCUUUGGACGGCGGGCUGUCCUGCUGCUGAGCACAAUCCUGACGGGUGUUUCUUCACUGCUGCUGCUGGCCUUGACUCAGUACCUGAUGGCCUGGCUCAUCCUGUCGCUCUCUGUCCUGGGCAUCCUUGCAUCGCAAGCGGUUGCUGCCCUCAGCGUCUUGUUUGCCAGCGAGGUGCUGCCCACCGUGGUCAGGGGUGCUGGCCUGGGCCUCAUGCUGGCCGCCGGGUCCGUGGGCCAGGCCGCUGCCCCCAUCAUGGAAAUCCACAACAGCCGUGGCUUCUUCCUCCACCACGUGGUCUUUGCCUCCUUUGCCAUCCUGUCGGUGCUGAGCAUCAUGCUGCUCCCGGAGAGCACUGGCCGGCCCCUGCCAGACUCCCUGCGUGACGGGGAGAGCCAGCGACGGCCCCCGCUCUUCCGUUCCGCCCGGCGCCGGCACGGCAAAGACCACCUGCCCCUGCUCUCUACCCGCCCUGGGGCCGGCCUCUACGACCCCGACAGCUACGCCCGCCUCGUCACAGCCACCAAGAAGAUGCUGAGCCCUCACCACACAGCCGGCUCCAGGCGAACGAGGCAGCUGCUCGUGCCGUCCUCUCGGCACAGCGGCCCUCCAGUGGGGGUAUAGAGGCUGGGGGCCGCCAGACUGACUGCGUCGCUUGGGGAGGAUGUCCUAGGGCCCCCCACCAGAGGGGACUCCUUCACAUUCCUAAUAACUGGAGCCAAGAGUGGUGGGAGGGAGGCUGUUAGCCUGCAAGGGCCCUGCCCUCAUUGGAGGAUCAUCCCCCUUUCACCUCUUGGGCAGCCUUUGCUCAGCUGGUGCCCUCCAGUUGCUGGGGCUGAUGGGAGUUGUAGUCCAAAACAUGGGGAGGGCACCAGCUUGGUGAAGGCUGCUGUUGGGGCUUCUGAGGCAUUCAUUCAUGGACCCUCCUUUUUUCUUCCCUUCUCUCCUGCAGCCUCCAUUUCUCUGCCCCCCAGCUCUACUUGGGCAAAGAGACGACCCCCCCCCGUGCCCCCCUCUUUAGUUUCUGGAACCACCAAGCACUUCCAAUAAAAGCAGUGUGACACCUUUGUA